UCCCGUUUUCCAUUCCGCGCUCGGCGAGACGAGGAACGCGAGUGCGAGCGGAGAGUCGAGGACAAAGUCGGGGAGGUGAUAAACGCUACGACCGGAUAUCGGAUCUCGUCAUCGCUUGAAAUACCGUCGCGAAUCACGGGAGGAAACGGGCGGAUGCGUCGUUCGUCGCACGGUGAUGCCGCCGCCGCCGCCGUCGUCGUCGUCGUCGCCGCGAACUUGGUCCACGCGCCGCUUGUUCUGCUGCGUUAAUAACCGCGAUCGAACGGAAUAUUUCGCUCGCGCUCUAAUGGCUCGCGCUGAUAGAGCGCGAGGGUGACACGAGAACGCGGUGAGGAGUCCCGCAGCGCGGAGAAUCGAAUCCCUCCCUUCUGGCACUCGCCGUCUCCUCAGGACGUCUCCACGGAUACUGGAUUAGAGAUAACGCUUUGUACUACGCCGAGAAACGUACAGAGUCACUCGUGUUCUAGAGAGGGAGUCGUAGCUUUGUACGUGUUUAACGUCACUGUACCGGAGCGAUGUUUGUAAAUACUGUACCAAAGGGACUUCCAAGUGUGAGAUAGAAUACUUAGUUAUGGAGGAUAGCAUGAGCGUAAAGUCCAUGGAAUCAGUGGCGACAAGUGACGAAUACGAAUUUGUAAAUGAAAAGGGUACUAGCAAGCAGCAGCAAGCUAUUUUGGAACCACCCAUGUUGAAAAUCGCCAACAACGGCAAUCUGGAGGAUUUGCAGAAUAAUCUACGCGAGAUCUUGACAGAAGAUUCAAAGAUGGAGGGUGGUGAGUUUAAAGCGACAGGAGCUAGCCAACAAAAUCAAGAAAAGAUGAAGAAAGUGGGCCACAGCAAAUUCUACGACGUUAGUACCUGUGUUGUUGCAUCGGAGAAGCAGGAUAUCAUGAAGCCUGAAGAUUACCUCGAGGAAGAAUUAAAUGCGUUGUUGCACGUCCAACAAGAAUGCACUAUUUUCAAUGGUGUCACUUACCUGGGAGCAGCCGCAAUAAACGCACCAAAAUCAGAAUGCGAAAUACAGCGGAACAUGAAUAUACUGAACGCAGAGCAAUCUCUGAAUUUAGGAAUAAAGAUUUCUGUCUCAGUGCCGAGCAGUUCGCAGGGUUCGGUGGUUUUGUACGAUGCUGGAACGCAGCAAGCCAUCGCGCGUUACGAGGUGCAACGCAUUCUGUUUUACGCACGAGGCGAGAGUACCGGUUCCUGUGCGGCGUGUUUCGCUUUCACGUGGUCACACGGUGACACGUUAGAGUCUGCCAUUUAUCAGUGUCAUGUUUUCCGCUGUGACAUACCGGAGGCGGUCGGACAAGUGUCAGCCUGCUUCUCGAAAGCAUUUCACAGAAUACCGCGUUCAAUGACGAGUUCCCUGACGGGCAGUGAUUUCAGUGGUUUUAACGCUGGUAGCGAAAAAAUUAAUUCCAGAGUGUUUAUUUUUGAAGUUACUAUGGAAAUAAAAGAGGAAGACGGAAAAGGUGGUUUCAGCACAGUCCCUAAGGAUAGAAAUUGUUUUAAGUUACGAAGUAACGUGGCGAAACAAGUCUGCUUGAGCAUUCAGCAAGUAUCCAGUAAAGAGGGUGGCAUUACGCUCGAAGUCGAGAGAUGCUUUGGAGUACUUGUUAGCCCUGGGCGAAAUGUUAAACACAGCGAUAUGCGACUACUUGAGAUGGUAAACAGAGACACACACCAGCAAGUUAACUUUAUGUCUAUAAUCAGCUCAGAUGUUCGCAAUAUUACAACGAUUUUGCAGCAAGUUAAUACUGGACCAAUAAUGCAAGACAAACAGUGCUAUAACAUCUGUGGACGUUGGGAUCCCGCGGAUCCCGCUUUGGAAACUCUUAAUAUAGAAACUCCCAGAGAGGGUAAAAUUUUCAUGACAGUUGCCGUUGAUCUCGUUAUCCGAGACAUCCGAGAACCCGUGAGAUUUGUCAUAGAAACGUCGGUUAAGGUAUAUCCACAAAACGAGAGAUUUUGGUAUUUUAACAAAAGAAAUCUUGUGCAACAGUUUUAUCUCAAUUCUAAAGAGGUAAUUUCUGGGGAUGGUGCCGAGGUACAUUAUGAAGUACAAAGUAUAGAAACAUCUGGUGAAUUAGAUAGAAACAGAUUAAAUCUGGCUUUGAAUCUGGCGUCCUUAAUUAGAUCACCUUCCUUAACUAGUAUCGACACGCUCACGCCUAAAGAAGAAAUCGAUUCAGACGGAGACGAGCCCAUGUUAAGUGGUACAGGCGAGGUUUCUAAGGACUGUUCAGCAGACGAGUUGGCCAGCUGGGCUGAAGUUUUAGAUAGCUGGCAGGUGAACGAACAACGUCCGAAACUUCUUAUAAAACUCACGAAACAAGGGAUUCCCGAGGCCUUGCGCGGUGAAGUUUGGCAACGUUUAAGUAACUGUGACAACUCGCAAGAGAUGAUGGAUAAAUAUAGGAUGUUGAUUACAAAAGAAAGCAGUUGCGAGAGUGUGAUUUUAAGGGACAUCAACAGAACGUUUCCAGCCCACGAUUUCUUUAAAGAAACAGGUGGCUUAGGGCAGGAUUCUUUAUACAGAAUAAGUAAAGCGUAUGCCGUUCAUGACGAAGAGGUCGGAUAUUGCCAGGGCCUUAGUUUCUUAGUUGCUAGUCUGUUGCUGCACAUGCCGGAAGAACAAGCGUUUUGCGUUCUGGUCAAACUAAUGUACGAUUACGGUCUUCGAGAUUUAUACAAGGAUAGAUUUGACAACCUUUACAUGCGAUUUUAUCAGUUGAAUCGCUUGAUAGAAGAUCAAUUGCCAGAACUCUAUAAGCAUUUCUGUGAUCGCGGCGUAGAGACGCACAUGUUCGCCGCACAAUGGUUUCUAACUCUAUUUACCGCUAGAUUUCCAUUAUAUCUGGUCUUUCAUAUUUUGGACGUAUUUCUCUUACAAGGACUCGACACAUUAUUCCAGGUUGCUCUCGCUUUGUUAAUGUUGUGUAAAAAGGAACUAUUACAGUUGGACUUCGAAAGUAUAUUGAAAUACUUCCGAGUACACUUACCGAAACGUUGCCGAAACGAAGAGGUGGCACGCUAUGUUAUGAAGUUAGCUUGUUCAGUGACGUUAAAGAAGUUGAAGAAAUACGAGGCAGAAUUUAUGACACUGAAAGAGGCGCAAGAAAAUGCUGAUGAAUACAGUAACGAGGUGGAGCAGUUACGCGGUACAGUGGCUAGAAAUGAGGAAGAGAAACAAAGAUUGGAGGCAGAGCUAUUGCAAAUCAAAGAGAUGUUACAACGCGAGGUAGCUCGGGCAGAUGCUGAAAGCCGUAGAAGCAAUGUCAUCAUAGCCGAAUACAAGCAGAUCUGCCAGCGUUUGGAGGACGACUACAACGCUGCAAAGACAACGUUGAGCGAAUUACGAGCGAAGGUAUCAAAGUGCGAAAAAUGUAGAACAUGUAUAAUGGAUUCGUCCAAUAUACUAGCAGACAUCGCGCAUCCUUUAGAAAAUCGGAUAGACCCCAUGCUGCACAGAGUGCAGGAAAGAGUGCGCGAGCUGGAGUUGGAAUUGGCACAGACCAAGUUGGCACACGUCGAAGCUGAAUGCCGGAAUCAGGAUUUGACGCAUCAAUUACACGCGACUGCUUCCGAGCUGCAAGCCGCACGGAACAGUUGGCCAUGGCUCAGUAAAACCUUGUCCAGCAUAAAGGAAGCAGCUAACAAGAGGGAAGUUAUGACUCCAACUGCGCUGAGAGAUCUAAGACGCGACAGCGCACCUGGAGGCGAUUUACACCACUUGAUACAUUCGCGAAGCCGCGAAACGCGCGACAGUCUCAAGGAAGUUGUGUGAUGUGCAACAAAAUGCCAAUAGGAGGGGAAGAAUACGUACAACUCGGAGACGAGUCACAUGCCAGGUGCAAAUAUAUGAACGUUACGUAUGUCCGUAGUUACAUGUAAUGUACGACUCAAUCUGUUAAACAAACCUCGAUGUAUUCUUUGUCACGUUCUUCACACAUAUCGCACAUUAAGUGCUCUGCCGACCUCACUUACGUACCGCUAAUACUACAUCGAAUGUUAUUUCCGUCGCGAUUUUUAUCGUAUUUUAAACGUAGAAUAAUUUCUGUGAUCUUUUUUUUCAGUACGACGUGUGUAAGCGCUUACUAAUAUUAUUUUACUAAUUCUUUUCUUCCUUUCAAUCAGUUUUUAUAAAAAAAAUUUGCACGCUACGCGGAUUUUUAAUGGAUCUGCCGAGGAAGAAAUCACGUUACGUACGUCAACCACGACAAAUUAUUUACAAUAAUAAAACAUAAAAGUAGGUAUAUAUAUAUACAUACGCCGCGUUUUGUAUGAAACUAGUCUAAGUAUGACAGGGACAAAAUGAUGUAGAGACGUGUACAUACAGUGCUUUCAAGUAACACGACAAAUGCGCGAUUGCGGAGAUGAGGAUAUUUAUAUUAUAACAGACAGCCACACGAGAAACUCUCUUCAUUUUCUUCUUUUCUACUACUAAUUUUAUCUGAAUUAUAACGUAACAUUCCGACGUAAUGUAUGAGUGCGUUCUCUUCCAUAGAAGUUAUUUAUCAUUAUUAUUAAAUCUGCUGUUCUGCAAUGACUUCUGUUCACUUGAUGUAAUCGGCGAUAAUUGUAUGUACAAUUACGAUAAUUCUAAUGACCCACAGAUAGCGUUAGGUUUAAUAUUAAGAGCUUUCACUAUUUUAGUUUUAUAUACCUUCGUCACUAACAAACGCGCGAGACAUGUAACAUUUAUUUUUGGUUCCAUUAUGAGAUAUUAAUAAUAGAAAUAUAAUAAAAUAGAUUGCGCGUGUAAAUUACACAAUAGAUGCGAGAUACUCAGAAUCUUGUUUAGUUACAAUUUGCACUUUGUUUUGAUAAAAGUCUGUAGUAAAGACAGUACUAAAGCUAUAGAUUAUUAAGGCACUACUUAAAGAUGCAAUUCCAUUGGUGUGUAAUUUUGUCUGUAGCUUAUAAGUGUUUCACACAACAAUAAACUUGCUAUAUACUUGUAGCACAUUCUUGACUAUCAAACUUAGCUUCGUAAGUUGUGCCAUUUACUUAAGUAUCGAUACGUUUAUUCGUACAGAUCUACAGGCAGCAUAAAAACAAUUAAAAACGUUACGCAAAAGAUAUUAUUUCAACUGUCUAUAUUAUUACAAUUACAGGACGCUUUGGUGCCAUUAAGUUAUGCAAUGCGAUUCACUUGAAACAAAUGAGAUUUAUUUUAUACCUAUUGUUUAUUCCAUUUUUCGAUUUGUCUGAAUCGAAUUUUGUUAGGACGUAUAAUUAACGAGUAAUACGUACACGAUUGCAAGCAAAGUUUAUGGUCACGUUUGCUUAUACUCUAGCGAUUAACUACUUGUAUUAUUCAAAAUGGAAGACUUUAUUUCUGUAAAUAUAUUAAAAACAGUCAAGAUCGUCUACUAACAGAAUCAUGUAAAGUUUUAGGGUAACUACGUAUAAACCAUUGUAUACCCUGUAAUUUCAUUCCACUAUUAUUGAAAUAAAGAUGGCUACCAACGUC